AAUGUGCAGUGCAGAACAUUUUUUUAUCAUCGUAUAUUAAAAUAAAUACCCCAUUUUUGCAUAAACUUUUGGAAAAAUGCAUUGCGUAAAUUCUUUGGUAAAAGUAAAAGAAAUUACUCUGCGUCAUUUUUUCCGAGCAGUGACAACACUCCAGGCGGAUAAAAAUCAACGAUAUGAUAAUAGGCGCAGAUACUACUAUCAUAAUUUCUCUAAUAUUAGAAACUAUCAACAAGUAGCUGCGAUAAAACCAGCAAUCACAGCCAAUGAUAGGAAAAGCUUCAUGGACAUGUUCCCUACAAUUGUGGAAGACCUGAAGGAGAUUGCGGCCAAAUACAAUAAAUCCCCUGCCCCGGAAUGGUUCGAACGGUCUAUCAGAUACAAUGUAUCCCAUGGCAAGAACAACAGAGGAUUGCUAACAAUUUUAGCAUUUAAGGAGCUCGCAACUGAAUCUCAACUAACUCCGGAAAAUAUGAGGAGAGCGCAAUGUCUUGGAUGGUGUACAGAAUUGCUAGUUGGUUCUCUAUUGGCCCUUGAUGACAUGGUGGACAGCAGCGAGACGCGCCGGAAGCAGCCUUGUUGGUAUAAACUGGAGGAUGUUGGAUUACAAGCAAUCAACGAUUGCCUCAUGAUCGAAAAUGCGGUUUAUUUUCUAGUGGAUAAAUAUUUUAGCGACACUGACUAUCAUAUGAAACUUCUGGAGUUAUACAGAGAAGCAACUUUCGCGACUUCCAUUGGUCAAGUACUGGACUACCAAGCCUCACGAGAGAACGUUACCACCUUUACCAUGGACAAAUAUAAGGCCAUAUGCAGGACUAAGUCCUCGUAUGGAACCUUCUCGCUUCCUGUCUUCAUGGCCAUGUUUAUGUGCGGGAUUACAGACCCCCAAGCCUACAAAGAAACCGAUGAUAUCCUUUUCGAAAUUUGUUAUUAUUUUCAAACUCAAAAUGACUUCGAAGAUUGUUAUGGAGACCCAAAAGCAACAGGACGAGUUGGAACUGAUAUUGAGGAUAACAGAUGCACGUGGAUGUCAGUGAUAGCGGUCGAAAAAGCUAACGAGGAGCAGAAGAGAAUUUUACAGGAGUCAUACGGGCAAAGGGAUCCCGAAAAAGCGGCUAAAGUCCGACAGGUUUACAACGAAUUGGGCAUGGUUAACUUAUUUGCCACUUAUGAAGAGGACAGUUACAACUAUAUCAAAAAUAUGAUUAAUAUUAAGUCAAGAUCUCUCAAACCUGAUAUGUUCCUAAGAAUUUGGGAGCAAUUCUACCGUAAAAUUGCUGUAAAACAAUAAAUUAUAGUAGACACAUAA